AUGGCUUCCAAGUCGUCCAUCCUGCACCCUCCAAAUGAGACGGAGCACUCGUCGUCCAGAAUCACCCGCGAGGGCAAGAAGAUCACCUACUCGCUCAGGGUGAUGCAGCAGCCCGAGCGUGCCAGAGCAUGCGGUGCCGGCGCUAAGUCCGCUGCGGACCGUCGUCCUGUCGACCCGCCACCGAUCGUGGAGAUGCGCAUCUUCGAGUCGGACCCAAACAACGACAUGCAAAAGACUGACAUCACCUUCUCCUAUAACGCCAACUUCUUCCUCUUCGCCACGCUUGAGUGGGCUCGCCCUUAUGCUCACGGCAGAGUCCAGGGCCAGCCGCCAACCUGCCCUGUCCUGACCGGUGUUCCAGUCGCGGGCAUUGCCUAUCUCGACCGUCCCAGCCAGGCCGGCUACUUCAUCUUCCCAGACCUCUCCGUCAGGCACGAGGGUCUCUACAGACUCAACUUCAGCUUGUACGAGGAACCAAAGGACGGCAAAGACGAGGACAAGGUGCCUCCAGCUCCCAUCGGUACGGUGUCUAGCACGGGCAUGACCAUGCCAAUGAAGUCGAGACAGCCAAUGAAGAACAUGUAUUUCCGUCUCGAGGUCAAGACCGUUGCUUUCACCGUCUUCAGCGCAAAGAAGUUCCCUGGUCUGUCCGAGAGCACGACUCUGUCUCGUAUCGUCGCCGAGCAAGGUUGCAGAGUGCGUAUCCGUCGAGAUGUGCGUAUGCGUCGACGAGAGCCCAAGUCGAACAAGGACUACGGCGGCUACGAUGAGAGACACGUUACUCCAGAUUCGUACCAUCCGGGUACACCGAUCGAGCGACCGAGAAGCGCCAGCAACUCGGGCAUGGAUGGUGGUUACUACUGUCCCACACCACAGCGCGCUCAGUCCGUCGCUCAGGGGUACGGCUAUCCUCCUCCUCCUCCACCACCACCGGGACCACCAGGCCCAGUGUCCCAGCAGUACCAGCAGCCUCCUCCUCCUCCCACCGGCCAGAUGGCUCUUCCAGGACCGCCAAUGCAGCCUCAGGCUCACGCGGAAUACGAAUCGCACGCCAAAUACCCAUCCUACCAGCAACCACAGCAGCCACAACAACAGCCAUCGAGGCAGCUCUCCGACCCCAACGUCAAGGCGAGUCUACCACCAAUAUCAAUUCCACACGACACCGCAUCGAGUGUACCCCGCUACUCCUCAGAUCCAAAGGCAUACCAGUCGACCACCUCCCAAACACCUCACAUGCCUCCUCCAUCAUCUCUCACUGCUGCCUCGCCAUCGGCUUCUUACAACCCGCACUCAUCUAGCGACGUCGUCGAACCAGCCGCACCGUCAGACCAGACACAGCAGUCCUCGUCCACUUCAACAUCACAGGCAACCUACGACCCUACGCCAGGCAAAGGCUGGUCCUUCCGCCCGGAACCCUUACUCUCCUCUAAGCGAGGGCACGGCGACGUCUUUGGCACCGCCCAGCACACCCAGCCGCUACACCAUGGCAAACGAGCAGACUCGAUUGCUACGCCAUCCUCCAGCUCUUCGUCUGCUGGUGGUCGUGGCAGCCUGCUAUCUCGGCUCGCUCGUCUCCAGGAUAUGGACGACGACGAGAACGGUAUUAUCGGCAUGACCUACAAGCGAGCCGAUGGCCGAGUAGCUACCAGGAUGGCUGGACUAGCACGGGCGUCAUAA